CAAAGUGAGAGAGAGUGUAGCAGAAGAACUGAUAGAGAACUUUCAAAGCUCUUUAUCUUCUACCAUCACUCAACUAUAGCCUCUAUAAAUUUCUCUUUCUGUUUGAGUGGUACCACCAUAACACCAUCACCAUGAGACCAGAUGGAAAUCCAUUAGAUCUUAACAAUCUUCCUGAUGACAACUCUAGAGAUCAUCAUGUUACAGGUUAUAAGGAAAAAGGAGGCGGCGAAGAUGAUAGAAAAGACGAGGUUGAAAAGGUCUAUGAAUGUAGAUUUUGUUCCCUCAAAUUCUGCAAGUCUCAGGCUCUUGGAGGACACAUGAACCGUCAUCGCCAAGAAAAGGAAACAGAAAAGUUGAACAAUGCUCGUCAGCUUCUCUUACGUAAUGAUCACAACCUUGUUGCUCAAGCUGCACUUCACAUAGGAUGCUAUCCAACAAUGCCUAUGAGAUUUCCAUCAUCUUUCUCUGGUUCAUCAUCUUCAACUCAAGCACAAUCACAAGUUCAACAGUACUUGUAUAAUUCAUCUUCAAGGCAAAUUUCUUUCCCUCCACAUUUCAUUCCACAGCAUCAAAUGACCGAUUACCGUGUGAGUCACCAGCAGCAGCAGCAAUACAUGGCAGGUGGAGGAGGAGGUGAUAAGUCAAGUUACACGUGCAUAGGUGCACCAGUUGGAAACAAAUUUCCAGAUCAUACUCCGACGAUCAAUCGGUUUCAAGACGGUAAUUUGUAA